CGUCCCUUGCGCUAGACCAGCUGAUCAUUUUCACUUCUUAUGGCUGUAACCUUUCACCUAGUUGGAGAGAUGAGCUUCCAGAACCAGCUCUUCGUCUUCUGCACCUUGUUACUACUAGGGUUUCCAAAGUUGGCAGAAGGCGCAACGAGGCACUACACCUUCAAUAUCGAUUACCACAACUUGACGAGGCUGUGCCACACGAGGAGUGUGCUGAGCGUGAACAAGCAGGUCCCGGGGCUGCCGCUAGUGGCUAGGGAAGGCGACCAGGUCCUCGUCAAGGUGGUGAACCAUGUUUCCAACAACGUCACCAUUCACUGGCACGGGAUCCGGCAACUGAGGACAGCUUGGGCGGACGGACCGGCCUACGUGACCCAGUGCCCCAUACGGACCAACCAGAGCUACACCUACAACUUCACCAUCACCGGCCAGAGAGGGACGCUGCUGUGGCACGCGCACAUCUCAUGGCUCAGAUCGAGCAUCUACGGCGCCAUCAUCAUCCUCCCGAGGCGGAACGAAUCCUACCCAUUCGCGAAACCCUACAAGGAAGUCCCGAUAAUAUUCGGGGAGUGGUUUAAUGUAGACCCAGAAGCGGUCAUCGCGCAGGCCCUUCAGACAGGAGGAGGCCCCAACGUCUCCGAUGCCUAUACCAUCAAUGGCCUUCCGGGACCCUUGUACAAUUGCUCCUCUAAAGAUACCUUCAAGUUGAAGGUGAAGCCUGGGAAGACAUACCUCCUCCGGAUAAUCAACGCUGCACUCAACGACGAGCUCUUCUUCAGCAUAGCCAACCACACACUCACCGUCGUCGAGACUGACGCCGUGUACACCAAGCCCUUCUCCGCGGACCACCUCCUCAUAACCCCGGGCCAAACCAUGAACGUCCUCCUCGCGACCAAGCCCGACUUUCCCAACUCCACCUUCCUCAUGGAAGCGCGGGCCUAUUUCACCGGCCAGGGCACUUUCGACAACUCCACCGUCGCCGGAAUCCUCGAGUACAGCCACCCGACGAGCUCUAAUUACCUGUCACUCGACAAGCUUCCUUUAUAUAAACCAACUCUCCCUCCCAUAAACGGCACUGCCUUCGUCACCAACUUUACGAGGCAACUCCGCAGCUUGGCCAAUUCCAAGUUUCCCGCCAACGUGCCGCAAAAGGUCGACCGAAAGUUCUUCUUCACUGUCGGCCUCGGGUCGACCCCGUGCCCAAAAAACACCACAUGUCAAGGACCCAACGGCACGAAAUUCGCCGCGGCAGUCAACAACAUAUCCUUCGCGUUGCCGUCCGUGGCUCUCUUGCAGGCUUACUUCUUCGGCCAGUCCAAUGGCGUGUACACCGACGAUUUCCCCGCCAACCCGCCCGUGCCAUUCAACUACACGGGGCCGCCGCCGAACAACACCAUGGUGACCAAUGCCACGAAGGCCGUGGUUCUGGCAUACAACACGAGUGUGGAGCUAGUGAUGCAGGACACGAGCAUUCUCGGCGCGGAGAGCCACCCGCUUCAUCUGCACGGGUUCAACUUCUUUGUCGUCGGGCAAGGGUUCGGGAACUAUGACCCGAAUAAAGACCCGGCCAAAUUCAAUUUGGUAGACCCAAUCGAGAGGAACACGUUUGGUGUUCCGGCGGGAGGAUGGGUGGCCAUUCGUUUCCUUGCAGACAAUCCAGGGGUGUGGUUCAUGCACUGUCAUCUGGACGUGCACACAACCUGGGGCCUGAGGAUGGCAUGGAUAGUCCUCGAUGGACCACAGCCCAAUCAGAAGCUACUGCCGCCGCCGUCGGACCUUCCAAAAUGCUGACUUGGACAGCGACCCAAGGCCGAAGAUCAAGCGGUGGCAAUAUUGCAAUUUUUCCCUUUGCGAGUGUCCUUCCCUUCUUCGUGAUCGUGUUUCAUUUGCUAACUUAGUCCUUUUCCGUGUCCUUCUUUAUGACAAUGACCCUGCCACCUCCUGCGAUGUUGGUUGAGGAAGAGAUUAUAACAGCUCAACGGCGAACACGAAAGCGGACCAUUAUGUUAAAAUGAUCUCUUCGAUCAAUCUUAAUCCUCAACUACCGAAUGUGGUCUUUGUCU